AUGUCAUUAGGUGCUGAGUCUUCCGACUAUGAAGACCAUGAUGAACCAGAAAACGGUAGGACGUCGCCUCACGCGGAUGUUGGGUGUGAAUUUUACUCGAUCUACGAGGCAAAGGAGGUGCUGGGAAGAGGGUUGGCUUCCACUGUUCGAAAAUGCGUUGAGAAGGGUACUGGGCAGGUAUAUGCUGUUAAAGUAGUUGAUAUCUCAACAGAAAAACAGACUGAGCAAGAAGCACGUCGACUCAAACAGGAGACUAUUUCUGAAAUCGAGAUAUUGCGGCAAAUUUCCGAUCACCCGUCAAUAAUUACUAUUCAUGACUUCUACACAACUCCGUCAUUUCUUUUCGCUGUUUUCGAGAUGGCACCAAAAGGAGAAUUAUUCGACCAGCUCAACAAAACCGUAACAGUUUCUGAGAAAAAGGCGCGCCGUCUGAUGCGUCAACUGUUUGACGGUGUAGCGUACAUGCACAGUAGAAACAUUGUGCAUCGGGACUUGAAACUCGAAAAUAUUUUAUGCAUUGAUGACGAAAGAAUAGUGAUCUCUGACUUUGGCUUUGCAACUAUACUCAGGGAAGGCGAAACUCUGAGAGAACUCUGCGGAACACCCGGUUAUCUUUCCCCAGAAAUACUGAGAUGCCAGAUGUACGAGGAUGCGCCGGGGUACUCCUUUCCCGUCGAUGAAUGGGCUCUUGGAGUUAUAAUCACCUGUUUUAGACAACUGCUAAUGAUGCGAAUGAUUCAAGAAGGCAAAUACGAGUUCCGUGCGGAACAGUGGUCUACAAUUACACAGGAAGCAAAGGAUAUGAUAUCUGGUUUACUAUGUGUUGCUGUCGCUCAAAGACUUACUGCUAAGCAGUGUUUGUCGGAGCCAUGGAUGAACCCAGCGAUUGAAGUGUAUCCGAAAGAGAAUAUGCGCAAACUCUUCAGACAAUCCAUUAUCAUGGUGCGGUUUAUCUGUCGGCUCCAAAAAUACAAAUACCUCAAGACCUUCGUCGAUCGUGAAUCUCUUCGUAAGCGACCAUUCAGAGAUCGAGACAUUCGACACGAGGCAGAGUCUGCGAUGUUCUCGGUUUACGGUCACUGGGUCAAUCGUGGAUUUUACUAUUCCCGCGACAUGCUUUUCGCUAACAAACCACGGCCCAAGUACCAGAAGGUAGAGGCUUAA